AUGAAAAUGUCUCCCAAAGCACUAGCCCUUGCGCUCAUGAUCAUCUUUGUGAGCUUCACAGGGGGGGAGUGUUAUGGUGAACUUCAGAUGGGGUUUUACAGGGGAAAAUGUGGGUUUCUAGAUGUGGAAACUAUUGUAGCAAGUGUUGUCAAGGCUAAGUUUUUCGGGGACCCUACAAUUGCCGCCGCCCUCAUUCGCAUGCAAUUCCAUGACUGCUUUGUCAAUGGAUGUGAUGCAUCGAUUCUGCUAGAUGGGAGCUCCAGCGAGAAAACUGCACCACCAAAUCUAAGUGUGAGGGGGUAUGAUGUGAUCGAUGCAGUAAAAGAUCAAGUAGAGAAGUUCUGUCCCGGGGUUGUCUCUUGUGCUGAUAUCAUUUCUAUGGCUACAAGGGACGUCGUUUUCUUGAGUGGAGGAGGGAAAUACAACGUCCAAACGGGGAGAAGGGAUGGUUUUGUAUCUCUUGCCAGUAAUGUUGAUCUUCCUAGUCCUACAUUAUCAGUAGCUGAAUCCAUUGCUGCAUUUGCUAGAAAAGGACUCACUGAUACAGACAUGGUUUAUCUUCUUGGUGGUCAUACAGUUGGUGUUACACACUGUUCCAUAUUCCAAGACCGACUUUACAAUUUCCAAAACACUGGGAGACCCGACCCGACCAUGGAUCCAUGGUUGGUCAAAAGUCUAAGACUUCGGUGUCCACAGAAUUCGACAGGCAGCAACAUCGUUAAUCUCGACCAGAACCCAUUGAGUUCGUUCAUCGUUGACAACUCGUUCUACAGGCAAAUCUUAGCUCACAGAGGCGUUCUCCAGAUUGAUCAAGAGCUAGCUUUGGAUCCACUCACUAGCUCCACAGUGUCAACCAUAGCCCGCGGUUUCGAUUUUGGCACCAGAUUCGGUGAAGCCAUGGUGAAGUUGGGAGCAGUCGAAGUGCUUACAGGAACAGAUGGGGAAAUAAGGAAAUCAUGCAGAGCCAUUAACAGCCCAAAGUUUUAA